GUGUUGUCAGCUUGCAGCUGCUGCUCCAAAUUGUUCAGCUGGAACCUUCUCCAGCGCCGUGGCUCAGCAAUGCGGAAGGCAGCAAUUAAAUUCCCGACCUAGCUAUUUCGCGGAUUAGUAGGAGUAGUGUACUGUACAUCCAUCCAACUUCGUGCGCGUAUUUCUGGUGUUUGUCGGCCGGCCUGCGGCGGCCAUGGAUCGGGAGCUCAGGUCCAACGGCUCGACCAAGUCGCUGUCGCGGUCGGAGGAGCUGCCAUUCUCCUUCCCAGGAAUGAGGAAUGCCAGCUCGUCGACGGCGAGCAGGAUGUUGUCCAGCGUCGCCAGCUGGCCCGCCAAGGGGUGGGACGAAGGGAGCCACGACUUGUGGAAGCAUCAAGACAGCGGAAAAGGAAGAGGCCGCGUCGAGGACUUGAGCUUCAAGAACCGGCCGGGCGGCGGCGAUGACCCGCCCACGCGCCUCAUCGGAAACUUCCUCCGGGAGCAGAUCGCGUCCGGAGUGGAGCUGUCGCUCGACCUCGACCUGGUGACCGAGGAGGUCGGCAGGCCGUCCUUACUAAACUCCCGAGAACGGGAGGCGCGUGCCACUGACCAGAGCUCAUCAUCUGACAACUCUGACUCCGAUGACGGCGAGGUGACUCCGGCGGGAUCGGGAGGGAGGCCAUUAUUGCGAGCCAUGACUAAGACACGCUCACGGCUCAUGGACCCGCCGCCGCGGUCACCUCGUGCCGUCGACGAGGAGCGCAAGUCGUCCGCCUUGCGGCCUCCAAAGAACCCAUCCGGGCGUAUGACCCGCAAGUCGGGAGCGGUCGGUAAGUCAGGUCUCAUGGAGGAGGAGGAGGACGACCCCUUCGUAGACGACGACAUGCCCGACGACUCGAACCGUGGGAAGAUGGACACUCUCACCAUAUUGCAGUGGGUCAGCCUGGUGCUCAUCAUCGGGGCACUGCUGUGCACCCUCACCAUAAGGAGGCUGGCCAAGAAGAAGCUCUGGGAGCUGCACCUCUGGAAGUGGGAGCUCCUCGUGCUCGCGCUCAUCUGCGGCCGUCUCGUCUCCGGGUGGGCCAUCCGGAUCGCCGUCUUCUGCGUGGAACGCAACUUCUCGCUGCGCAAGCGCGCGCUCUACUUCGUGUACGGCGUCCGCGGCGCCGUGCAGAACGCUCUCUGGCUCGGCCUGGCUCUCACCUCCUGGCACUUUUUAUUUCACCAGCGGUGGACCAACACGGCGGUGCUGCCCUACGUGACCAAGAUACUCCUCUGCCUCCUCGUCGCCACGCUCGUCCGCCUCGUCAAGACGCUGCUGCUCAAGGUGCUCGCAUCCUCCUUCCAUGUCUCCUCCUACUUUGAUCGGAUUCAAGAGGCGCUGUUCAACCAGUACGUCAUCGAGACGCUCUCCGGCCCGGAGCUAGUCGGCGAGGACUACGUGCUUGCUGAGGUGUGUGAGCUCCAGCGCGCGGGCGCGACCAUCCCAGAAGAGCUCCGUGCUGGCUUGCCACCCAAGACCCUGUCGGGGCAACGGACCAAUCGGGUCUCAGGCUUGAUUUCUAGAGGAAACGGAAUGAAGCAGCUAUCGGACGAGAAAAAACAGCGCGAGAUGGAUGAAGGGAUCACCAUCGACAAGCUCCACAGGCUCAACCAGAGGAACGUCUCGGCGUGGAACAUGAAGAGGCUGAUGAAGAUUGUUCGGUUUGGGACACUCACCACCAUGGAUGAAAAGAUUCAGAAGCCGAAUGGAGAGAUGGGCGAGUGGGCGAUACCCAUUCACACUGAAUAUGAGGCUCAAGUCGCCGCUAAGAAGAUCUUCAAUAACGUAGCCAAGCCUGGAUCCAAGCACGUAUACUUGGCGGACUUGAUGCGCUUCAUGGAGCAGGAGGAAGCCAUCAAAACAAUGCAUCUCUUUGAAGGAGCACAAGAGCACUGUAGGGUUAGCAAGAGGUCUCUCAAGAAUUGGUUGGUGAACGCAUUCAGGGAGCGCAAAGCUCUUGCCCUGACGCUUAACGAUACCAAGACUGCAGUUAACAAGCUCAACAUGAUGGGAAAUGUUGUUGUUGGCCUCAUAGUGUCGGCUCUCUGGCUUCUAAUUCUUGGGAUAGCAACGACACAUUUCUUUGUCUUCAUGGGUUCACAGCUUCUUGUGGCAGUCUUUGUGUUUGGGAAUACCAUGAAGACAAUAUUUGAGGCUAUUAUAUUCUUAUUCGUGAUGCAUCCUUUUGAUGUCGGUGACCGCUGUGAGAUCGAAGAAGUGCAGGUUGUUGUAGAGGAAAUGAAUAUCAUGACAACAGUCUUUCUCCGUUAUGAUAACCUGAAGAUCUAUUAUCCAAACAGUAUACUGGCCACCAAACCAAUAUUCAAUUUCCACAGGAGUCCUGAUAUGGGAGAAGGAAUUGACUUCUCUAUUCAUGUUGCCACAGUAGUGGAAAAACUGUCCCUCAUGAAGGAAAGAAUAUUACGUUACAUCGACUCCAAGAAGGAACAUUGGUACCCCGGCGCAAUGGUUGUUCUCCGAGAUGUUGAUGAAACUAACAAGCUGAAAGUGUCCAUAUGGCUCCGUCACACACUCAACUUCCAGGACAUGGGGAUGAGAUUCGUGCGGAGGGAAUUGGUUCUCCAAGAGAUGAUCAGAGUCUUGAAGGACCUCGAUAUUGAGUACCGGAUGCUGCCGCUUGACGUGAAUGUGCGUAACACGCCCCCUCUUCAAUCUACAAGGAUGCCAACGACAUGGAGUUAUUCAUGAUGUAGCUCAUGCAUUAAAUAUGUACUCCCUUCAUUACAACGAAUGAAUAAGGCGCCCUUAUUUUUCGUA